CACAAACACACCCCAUUGCUGGUUCUCUCUCCAGAAAGAAAGAUUGGAAGAAAGAGAGAUAAUGGAAAAAUGGAAGGGCAGGAGAGUUCUGGUUGUAAUGAAGAAAUGUGAAAUAUGAGGAGUGAGUCUUGUGUUAUGUUUCCAUGGCCUGCCAUACCGCAACUCUAUCUUCUUCCCCCAGGAGGAAUGUGUUCUCCUUCGAAAAGAAGCCAAUCUCUUCCCAGAUUUCCUUUUACAAGAGACCCAUCCCUGCAUUGAUUUCUUCUCUAAACAGGAGAGCCUCUUACAAGUACAAUCCCCUUGUUUUCCAGGCUGCUAGGCUUUUGGGGCCUCCUGCAAGAUUUGAAGCUUCAAAGCUGAAGGUGGUUUUCAUGGCAGAGGCGAUUGAAAAUUAUACUGAAAUUGUCCCAAGAACAUACAUUCUCUCUCAUUGCGAUAUGACAGCCAAUUUAACCUUAGCCAUCUCCAAUUCCAUCAGCCUUGAUCAGUUGAAAGGAUGGUACAACAAAGAUGAUGUGGUGGCUGAAUGGAGGAAGGUUAAGGAUGAACUUUUUCUGCACAUUCACUGCCAUGUGAGUGGUCCCAAUGACUUGCUAGACAUAGCUGCUGAGUUCAGAUACCAUAUCUUCACCAAGGAGUUGCCUUUGGUACUGAAGGCAAUGCUACAUGGAGAUUCUAACCUUUUCAAAGAGCAUCCAGAGCUAAUGGAGACUCCGGUUUGGGUGUAUUUCCAUUCUAGUUCAAAGAAGUACAAUUGUGUAGAAUUUUGGGGGGCCCUCAAGGAUGCUGCAGAGAGAACGGAAGAGCAUCAACUGCAGAGGUUAUUAAGUUCAGGUCAGGAAGUUUAUCAUCCUUCUCGAGAGAAGAGGGGAAGCCCAAAAUCCAUCCUACAAGCUCUCGUGUUAUUCCUCCUUUAAGUCAGACUGCAUAGCCAACAUCAUAUCAAAGAUACAAUCCAUCACCACCAAUCCGAACCAAUGGAAACUGUAAGUAAUGAAAUCUAGAGGUUGAUGGACUGGCAAAUUACUCCUUCAAGAUGAUGCUCUUGGGACUAUAAUAAUGGCAGCUAUCGCCUUGCAUAAAAUGUAGAUGAGAAGCAAGUGAAUUUCAAAC